CAAGGUGUCUGAAGUUUAGAGUCUUUCCUUGAUUGGCCCCUCCUCUUCCCCAUUCACUCCUUUUGCCGCUGUUCACCUUGUAGUGACCUUGCGGGACUCAGCAUUUUUACCUGAGCUCAGUAGCCGGGAGCCCGCUAGUGCUGGGACGAGGGCAGCAGUUUCCAUUCCUGGGUGAUGGAGUCAUGGGAGAAACUGCAGCGAACCAACAGAGAGUAGGACCUGAGCGGGCCAGCCAGGCUGGACUGUGCCUUAAGCGGCUCAGGACGGAGCAGCUGCUCCCUCCCCCAGCCUGCAAGUACAGCCUGCAUUUGUCACUGACCACUGAAGUGUGUGUUUGUGCAAGUGCUGCACGGUGUCCAAAUUAUGGCAACAGAUUGGAUGUACUGCUGUUCUUACACUGAAAUGUGAUCAGUUUGGUGCAAUUUUCUUGGAUUCUUUCAUUGAUUGCUGCUGCCAAAUGAUGGAGCUGUUCAUAUAAAGGAUUCCAGUGCUGAUUUGAAAGCAUGUGAAAAACAGCUUCAGAUAUAAAUCUGAAUUGCUAUUUUUUGGAGUACUUGCUGUGGUGUAUUCUUUGCUUCACUCAUAUUUUAGUGGUUGAAACUUUGGAGAGAGCAGAGUGCCUUAGGGCCUAAUCUGUUGAUAAAAGAGGCGAUCGAGAUCGGAUGACAGCAAAUCAUGAGAGCUACCUCCUCAUGGCGAGCACCCAGAAUGAUAUGGAAGACUGGGUCAAGUCCAUCCGCCGAGUCAUAUGGGGACCAUUUGGAGGAGGCAUUUUUGGACAGAAACUGGAAGAUACUGUCCGUUAUGAGAAGAGAUACGGACACCGUCUGGCUCCAAUGUUGGUGGAGCAGUGUGUGGACUUUAUCCGACAAAGGGGGCUGAAGGAAGAGGGUCUCUUCCGACUGCCGGGCCAGGCUAACCUUGUCAAGGAGCUGCAGGAUGCCUUUGACUGUGGAGAGAAGCCAUCCUUUGACAGCAACACAGAUGUACACACAGUGGCAUCACUUCUUAAACUGUAUCUCCGAGAACUCCCAGAACCGGUUAUUCCUUAUGCCAAGUAUGAGGAUUUUUUGUCUUGUGCCAAACUGCUCAGCAAGGAAGAGGAAGCUGGUGUUAAAGGAUUAGCAAAGCACGUGAAGAGCUUGCCAGUGGUCAAUUACAACCUUCUCAAGUAUAUUUGCAGGUUCUUGGAUGAAGUACAGUCCUAUUCAGGAAUUAACAAAAUGAGUGUGCAGAACUUGGCCACUGUCUUUGGCCCUAAUAUCCUGCGCCCCAAAGUGGAAGAUCCUUUGACCAUUAUGGAGGGCACUGUGGUGGUCCAACAGUUGAUGUCAAUGAUGAUUAGCAAACACGAUCGCCUCUUCCCCAAAGAUGCAGAGUUGCAAAGCAAGCCCCAGGAUGGAGUGAGCAACAACAAUGACCUUCAGAAGAAAGCCACCAUGGGUCAGUUACAGAACAAGGAGAACAAUAAUACCAAGGACAGUCCUGGAAGGCGGUGCUCUUGGGACAAGUCUGAGUCUCCCCAGAGAAGCAGCAUGGAUAACGGAUCCCCCACAGCUCUAUCAGGCAGCAAAACCAACAGCCCGAGGAACAGCGUUCACAAGCUGGAUGUCUCUAGGAGCCCCCCUCUCAUGGUAAAAAAGAAUCCCGCCUUCAAUAAAGGCAGUGGGAUAGUCACCAAUGGGUCCUUCAGCAGCAGUAAUGCAGAAGGACUUGAGAAAGCCCAAACCACUCCCAAUGGGAGCUUACAGGCCAGAAGGACCUCUUCCCUGAAGGGGUCUGGUACCAAAAUGGGCACCCACAGUGUACAGAACGGAACGGUGCGGAUGGGCAUUUUGAACACAGAUACCCUCGGGAACCCCGUGAAUGGUCGCAGCAUGAGCUGGCUGCCCAAUGGCUACGUGACCCUGAGGGAUAACAAGCAGAAAGAGCAAGCAGGAGAGUCGGGCCAGCACAACAGACUCUCCACCUAUGACAACGUCCACCAGCAGUUCUCUGUGAUGAGCCUUGACGACAAGCAGAGCGUCGACAGUGCCACCUGGUCCACUUCCUCCUGUGAAAUCUCCCUCCCUGAGAACUCCAACUCCUGCCGCUCCUCCACCACCACUUGCCCGGAACAAGACUUUUACGGUGGGAACUUUGAGGACCCCAUUUUGGAUGGGCCCCCACAGGACGAUCUUUCCCACCCCGGGGACUAUGAAAACAAAAGUGACCGGAGGAGUGUGGGCGGUCGAAGUAGUCGUGCCACCAGCAGCAGCGACAACAGUGAGACCUUUGUUGGCCACACCAGCAACCACAGCGCACUGCAUAGUUUAGUGUCCAGCCUGAAGCAGGAAAUGACCAAACAGAAGAUUGAGUAUGAGUCCAGGAUAAAGAGCUUAGAACAACGAAACUUGACUUUGGAAACAGAAAUGAUGAGCCUCCACGAUGAACUGGAUCAAGAAAGGAAAAAGUUCACAAUGAUAGAAAUCAAAAUGCGAAAUGCCGAGCGAGCAAAAGAAGAUGCAGAGAAGAGAAAUGACAUGCUUCAGAAAGAAAUGGAGCAGUUUUUUUCCACAUUUGGGGAGCUGACAGUGGAACCCAGGAGAACCGAGAGAGGAAACACGAUAUGGAUCCAGUGAGGCUGAUUUCUCCCACUGUCUCCAGUGGCUCUGGGGAAGACUCUGGGGGUUCUGGUGGGAAUAUUAUAUAGGAUCAGGUGGCUGGUCACCUGGCUGUACAUAGCUCUAACUGGGGAAGACGUAUCAUUUACAGACAUUGCCCAUCCAUAUCUGCAAUGUGUACCAAAGUUGUAUCAUGCCCCAUAAUGCUACUGUCAAGUGUUACAACUGGAUAUGUGUAUAUAGAGUAGUUUUUAAGAAGUAAACUAAAAAUGAGAAGCAUAUCUCAAUAAUUAUUUUAUUGCAAGUCUUGUAUUUAAAAUGUUAAAUCAGUAUGUCAUUGCAGUUUAGCUUGCUUUCAAGCUUCACCCCUUGCACUUAAGCUAUUUUUGGCAUUGUGUUAUCAUCAGCUUAUUUUAUAGAUCAAUAUUUUUAUUUCCCCUUUUGCUGAGGAAAUGAAAAUAAGCAGAUAUAUAAACAUAUAUAAAUAUAUAUAAGAUGAGUUAUUAAAAUCAAAAAGAAUA